ACCACAUGUCAGUGACGCUCUGUUAAACCCUUAUCUUCCUCGCCGCUCGGGCCUCUCCAGCUUCUGCCCCUCAACCUCGGGGCAAAGGUUCUAGAACCUUCUAGACGCCUCGCUCGCACCACGCCACGCGGCUCCCGAUGGCGCGCCUCCAUCUCCUCCUCUCCCGCGCGCUCGCAUCGCACCACCUUCUCCCUUCUACGACCGCCUCCAGCCUCCGCCCCACUCCGCGGCGGCCUCUCCCUCCCCACACUCCGCCGCCUUUUUCUCCUCCACAUGGUCGUACCCUGCCCCCCUUCGCCGCCGCCGCGUCGCGGCAGCACUCCGCGUCGAGCUUCAGGAUAAGGCGCUCGUCGGCGUCGCCGAUGUUACUGAAGCGGAGGAAGGCGAGGAGGCCGAUGCGGAAGGGCCCCGGCGAGCUCAUUGUGCAAAUUGGCAUCGAGGAGGACCUCCCCGACGACCCUGAAAUCUUGAGCAUUGCAGAAACACUCCAAACUGAUGUUGGGAAAGCGGCGAAGGUGGCCUUUGACAACCUUGAAGGCUCUGAGUACAAGACCAGAGAUCCUUCUAUAAGCAACUUGAACAAAUACAAUAGUGUCGAGGUUUCUCUGCUGCUUUGUGAUGAUAAUUUCAUCAGGGAGCUGAACAAAGAAUGGAGGGAUGAGGAUCACCCUACUGAUGUUCUGUCAAUGUCACAGCAUAUCCCAGGGCUUGAUAUUCCCAUUCUGCAGUUGGGUGACAUAGUAAUUUCUGUUGAAACAGCACAGCGGCAAGCAGAAGAAAGAGGCCAUUCACUUCUUGAUGAGAUCAGAAUUCUCAUGGUGCAUGGAUUGUUGCAUUUGUUGGGCUUUGAUCAUGAACUCAGCGAAGAGGCUGAACAAGAGAUGGAGAAGGAAGAAGAACAUAUAUUAAAUACACUUGAGUGGAGAGGAAAGGGAUUAAUUAAGAGUGCAUAUGACAUUGUUGCCCAUAUGGCACAUUUACAAAGUUCUGUUGAGGCCAAUAACAAUAUAGAGAAAGUGAGCCUACAAGAGGAACAUUGGCCCAAAUUAAGGCAUAUCAUUUGUGAUAUAGAUGGACACCUGCAGGAAGAAUCAAUAGAAUCUUUGAGAGAGGCAAUUGCAACAGGAGUAAACAUUAUCAUGGUUACUGGAAAGAGCCGGGCUUCCACCAUUAGAACCUUCAAGCUUCUUGAUUUCUUUGAUAAAGGCAAUUUUGUAUCAGAGACAUCACCUGGUGUAUUUUUACAGGGUUCACUUGUCUAUGGAAAACAUGGCCAGGAAGUUUAUAGAGCGGAAUUGGAUGUCGAUAUCUGCAAGGAGGCAUUCCUGUACUCCUUAAAGCAUAAAAUUCCUGUUGUUGCAUACUGCGAGGAACAAUGUUUAACCUUGUUUGAACAUCCAUUUGUUAACUUGCUGCACACUGUGCAUCAUGAGAACAAGGUAAAAGUGAUGCAUUCUAUUGAGGACCUGCUGAAAUAUUCAUCCAUUCAGAAGUUGCUACUCUUUGACAGUGCUGAAGAGGAUUCAUCUGUCCUGAGGCAGCAUUUUUCAGAACUGACUGAAGGGAAAGCACGUGUUCUCAAAAUGCAGCCAAAUACAAUUGAUAUUGUCCCACUCAAUGCUUCAAAGGGUGGUGGUAUAAGAAUUCUACUUGACCAUCUUGGAAUAACAGAAGAUUGUGCUCUUGACGCAGUUGGAGACUAUACAAAAUGGCUGAGCAAUAUGUGACUCAACUGAAAUCAUUACUGGAUCUUUCUUAAGAAAAAGCAUGGCAAUUGAGAGCUUUAGAUGUUAGAGAAGCAAUGGUAUGCAUGUCAUAUACCAAAGAAAUAUAAUUACCGCUUUGGACGUGUUUACUUUGAAGGCUGCAAAAGUCGCAAGUUCAUAGCACAUCCUUUUCGGAUGGCAAUUAGUGUAUUUUUAUAUUUUGGAGAAAGGGAGGGGGUGGUGAAUGGCAGCUUAAAUAUUUUGUUCAGAUCCUCAUGUUGAGAUGCAUGAAAUGAGAAUGGAAUGAGCCUCAGCCAUGUGAGCAAAGUCACCUUCUUCAGUUCAUGACAAUCUCGACUCUCCAUAGAAUUUUUUGUAGUUGUGUUUUAUGCAUCAUUGCUAAAUUUACUCAGUAAAUGUGUAAAUGGCUCCUCCACAUUGUGGAUAUUUAUUUAUUAUGAAAAGAAUACUGAAGUGUAGAUUGAUCUGUAGGAAUUCAAUGGAGGCAUUUUGAUAAAGAUAACUGUAUUUUUUUUUGCCAUGAUAAGUUUUGUUGAUUAUGUUCACCCUUUAUCCUUCCAUCCGUAAAAAUGUUCAAUCUUCAUAUGGAUCAUGAAGUGAAGCAUAAAAGAAAUUAUCUUGAUCCUAGAAGUGAAUAUAGUUUAAAUUUUCAUGUGUAAAGCACGCAUGAAGCACAGUUGGUCAAUUGGAAGUGGAGGCUUGACACUCUAUUUCUUAUUUCUUCCAGGUUUCACAUAUUUACAGACUGAUAUGCAUUUGUGCAUCUCUCUUGUUCUGGUGUGUAGUUGGUUUCGCGCUGCUGUACAAGUGACGGGUGUUGCAAGUUCUUGUCAUUACUCUAGCAACUGAACCAUUUGAGGGCCUCUUUGCUAUCACCUUGUUGCAUGGCCUUGAUCUUGAACACAUGUAGCAUCAGAUAUUGAUGUGAAUGAUUGGGACUUCCCUUGGUAGUAUUUGGACAGUCCUUUCCUGCAGAAAUUAAAUUACGUGUAAGCGAAUUUGAAUGCUUGGCUAUUGAAGUGGAGUUUAUGAAGGUAGAUAUUGAAAAUUUGAUCCUUUAGAAUCAUGACAUCUGUCCAGGUGCAAAUACAAAUUGAAGUAGAACUGAGUUGCACCCUUAUAAUAGAUCUUGUGCAAAGGGGAACCUCUCCUAGUUAGAUCAUAUGAUUGUCACCUUUCGUUAAACUGAAUCAAGUGAUUUUGCAAGCUAUUUAUACUUUAUAACAAAUAAGCAAACCAUUUCGUUGUCUGGUAGGGACAGGAACUAGCUAGUGUUAACACAAUAUAGUACUACAAUGAAAUCACAAAUUUUAUUCGAGCAUUUGUAAUUUUGAAUUUUGAGGCUACCUAUUUUUCUACCAUUACCAUGAAUGUAGAACUUAUAGUAUAUAUUUAAUAAACUAGUGUUGGGGCCAGGUGACAAAUUACGUUUUUGUUUCUAGGAAUUAGAAAAUGCAGGCAACAAAUUUCAUGUGUGCAGGCUUUGAUUUUAGAUAGAGAAGGGGGGGGGGGGGUGUGUGGGGGUGACGUACACACCUGAUUGGAAGCUGGACUACCAGCGAGGACAACUUGUACAGGGGACCCUCGUCAUCCAGCUGCAACAUGCUCGAAGAUGCUGAGGAUGGCUCACGGGGAUGACCAGGUGGGGAUGAUGUUGCAUCAUCAGACAGAUUUGAAGCUGAUGAGCACAAGGACCCGCUGGAUUCACCCGAGAAGGAAGCAAACUCAGAGUCGUCACCACCUCGUUCAUUGCAGCUCUCAUCCUGACACAAGGGUACCCCGUGAGAUGAUAAAUUGCAAAGCUCUGCCAUUUCAUAGGAAGCUCUGCUCAAAGUUUGGAACUUGGAAGGCAAAGGGACACAGCUUAUGUUGAUAUAUAGAGACGUAGGAAGAGAGCUGUUCAAACGGGUAGAUAGAUAGGCAUCCUUUUUUUAUCAGAUAUGCUUCAUCAACUCGGUGCCAGAGAGAAGGAAGAAAUUGACAUGAGUCACAGUUACUUUGGGUGGAUCGUUGGUAGCCUGAUGGGGGAGCAUGUGAAAACGACGUGCUCUGGCUGCUUCAGAUAAGCAUCUUAUCCCGGGCUAAGAAAGGAGGUUUAUCCCCGCGGAUUAGGAAGGAUAAGGUAGACUAUGGCUGCAAGAAGGUGCUUUCUGUUAGCUUGGGGUUCCUGCCUAGGGUGUUAAUUAUGGUAACUUAGAGCGAGAUCAGUUUCUUUAUUGUGGUCCGGCUGACUUGUACAGCCAGUCGGCUGGAUCUCAGUCAAGUCGUCAUCAGCAAUGGAGUAACUAACUAAAGAAACGAUGCCCCCUUAUCCUGCACAUGUUCUCAGGAAUGGUUGCCUGGUUGGUUCA